AUGAGCUACAAAGUGAGGAUCCAGGCCUCGGCUGGGAGCGAUUCGCUGGGAAGUCAGAGCAUCUCCCUUGGCACAGAGAUGAACAUGCUCCUCCCACACUGCUCCCGGGCAAAGUUUCUGUCCCAGGAUCAAAUUAAUGAGUUCAAGGAAUGUUUUUCCCUGUAUGACAAGAAACAAAAAGGCAAGAUCAAAGGCUCUGACCUGCUGGCAGUGAUGAGGUGCCUGGGAGUCAGCCCCACGCCAGGAGAGGUGCAGAGGCACCUGCACCUGCACAAGAUUGAGAGAAAUGCAGAGUUGGAUUUCUCCACAUUCCUGAACAUAAUGUACAGGCAGAUGAAGCAGGAGGAGCCCGAGCAGGAGAUCCUCAGGGCCCUGGCCAUGAUCGACAGGCAGAAGAGAGGAGUCAUCACUGUUUCGGAGCUCAGGGCGAAGCUCACCAGGCUGGGGGAGAAGCUUUCUGAUGAAGAAGUUGAUGACCUGCUAAAAGGAGCCAAAAUUGGGCCAAAUGGAACAAUAAAGUAUGAAGACUUUGUGCACAUGAUUUGCCUUCCUGCAGCUGACUACUAA